AUGAAGGUCUCAACUACUCUCUUCCUUGCCGCUAUUUCUGCUGUUUCAGCUGCAGACUGCCCGGCUCCAGGCCAGACCAACGCUGCAGGCGACUACAGCUGUAACCCAGCGCACGAUUAUCCCGGCCAGGCGUGCGCUCUUAUCGAUGGCUGCUAUUUCCUUCGUGGCCUUGGUUUGGUGACAGGCACUGCUACCAGCUCAACUACCAAGCCUACCUCUUCUUGCCCUGCUCCAGGCCAGACCAACGCUGCAGGCGACUACAGCUGCAACCCAGCGCACGAGUAUCCCGACCAGGCAUGCGCUCUCAUCGAUGGCUGCUACUUCCUUCGAGGCCUUGGCCUGAAGACUGGCACUACUACCAGCUCACCCACCAAGCCUACCACCAAGCCUACCACCAAGCCUACCACCAAGCCCACCUCUUCUUGCCCUGCUCCUGGUCAGACCAACGCUGCAGGCGACUACAGCUGUAAUCCAGCGCACGAGUAUCCCGACCAGGCAUGCGCUCUUAUCGAUGGCUGCUACUUCCUUCGCGGCCUUGGCCUGGAGACUGGCGCUCCUGUGCCAACCCCGGUUAUUGUUAAUGGUGCUGCGCAGCUAUCCGCACUGGGCGGCUCAGUUCUCGCUGGCCUCAUCGCUUGCUUCCUUUAA